AUGUACUCCACGGUGAAGCUGCCGGACCAAAGGACGACGACAAAGGCCCCUCGCACCAAAAAAAAACGGACGAAGCGAAGGAGCGACGACCCCUCGAUCUAUUCGCGACGCGAACGACGCAACCGCCGCCAUCGCAGAUCCCAGGCGCUAGCCGCGGAUCCCUUUGCCGGCGCUGAGGGGUCGUGGAGGCGCCGCCGCCGAGGUCCUAAAGGAGGCGCCGCCGCCAUCGUUGUGGACCUUCGGGUCGCCAUCGAGACACCUCUGUUGAGUAUUCCUUCGCCUUCACACGGUGAUGGGCAUGGUGGCGGAAGAAGGUCGUCUUCUCAGAGCACCGCACGCUGGCCGCCGUCUUCAUCCGCGGCCGCACCAACAAGACAGCAAGAAUCAUACCCCACCCACACGGUGGCACGACGCAGAAGGGCUACAUGGGUCUAUAGCGGCGCGUGCAAUGGAAGGACACCUAUGGGAACAAGCUCACCGAGGCUAGCUCAUUCAUUAAGGGCUACUCAGCUCUGCUUUUGCCCUCCCUUUGGAGAUUGGAUUAUAUGUGUUGAAGGCUCUUCAUACUAAAUUUAAUAAAUCUUGUCAUGUUUUCAUA